AUGAAAAAAAUGACUCGAUUAGAAGACUUAUCUAACGAAAUAUUCUUCGAAAUAUUUGAUUAUUUACAUGCACUUGAUAUUUUUACGGCGUUUUCAACACUCAAUCAACGUAUUACAUUGAUACUUUCUUCAAUUCCACUUCAUAUUGUCGUUUCCUCAUCUCAUUGUCAUCGUCAAAUAAAAUUUCUUUCUUUCUAUCUUAUCAAUCAUGCACAUCAAGUAGUUUCAAUUUCUCUUGAAGAUUCAAUUCGUGAUUUUACAUCUGUUAUUUCUUUCUUUUUCAUUCAACAUACAUUUGAAAAUCUUGAACACUGUUCACUUUACUCAUCAUAUUGGUCAAUACAAUCGCGAACUGCAUUGGAACAAUUAAAAAAUCUUAUUAAACUUAGAUCGCUUCGAUUUAUCGUAACAAAUCAUAUGCAACUUUAUGAAAAAGAGAAACAAUAUAUAAGUCAAACUAUUUUAACACAUCAAUCAUUUUCACUUCGCUCGCUCGAUUUUGUAUUUUACUUCAAUCAUUCUCAUUUAACAACUGCCGUUACUCUUAACUGGACAUUAACAUCAAUGUCUUUAACAUUUUAUGAUUUACCUCGUCGAUUAUCAAUUUAUUGUGUUCUACAUGUAUUUCAUAUUUAUCGUGCAUUAAGACGUUUACGUGUACUUAUAUCAAUUCCUACAAAUCCAAAUAUUUAUCAUGCAUAUGCGCCAAUGUUACCAGCAGCUUUCCAAGAUAAUUUACCAGUACUUCCAUACUUGAAAUUUUUUGAUUUACAAACAAUAACAAUGUGCAAUAUUGACUCACUUAGUGUUAUUCUUCGUUGUAUGCCUAAUCUUCGUCAAUUUAUUUUCACUAUUACGUCAUCUAAACGAAUCUCUCGUUAUAUUCGUGAUUUGCUCGAUGGUUAUAAAUGGCAACACUUAUUCAGUAUGCGAGCUGUAAUAAACAUGGAUGAUAUUGUUCAUUCAUUUCAAUAUUUUGUUGAACAUUAUGAUGGUUGGCAUAUGUCUGUUGAAUGUUCAAGACUUUGGACUGAAAAAUUAAAAGAAUGUAUCAGUUUGCGAACUCUAACAUAUUCAACUAAUAGACAAGAAUACAAUUCUCUAGAACCAAGCAUGAUACUUGGAACAUUGCAUGUACAAUCGACAUUAAUAACAGAUGAUCAAUAUCACAAUUUUCAUCAGCAUAACACAAAAUUAAAAGUUAUUGUACCUAUACAUAUAGCAAUAACUGGUAAUCUACCAUCUUCUGCACCAUUUCAAAAUGUUCAACAUCUUGUGAUCGUAUUUCAACAGUCAACAUUAACAUUAUGGGAAAAUUUAUUGAAACUCAUUUCUAUGUAUCAUCAGGAAAAUGAUGAAAUUGGCUCUAAACAAUAUGUGAAUGUACUUAAGAGUUAUGUAGAUUUAUCUACAAUAAAGAGAAUAGAUUUUGAACCAAAGAAUGAUAUAUCUCAACUUUAUUAUAUUGAACAGAUCUUAUUGCUAUCUUCAAAUAUCAUUGAACUUAAGAUUGGUACUCAAUUGUUUCUGUCUUUGACUUUAUUCGAUAAUCCAUCGCUUAUGUCCAUUUUCAAUCAAUUACAAACACUAGAAUUAUUAACAGAAAAUGUUGACGGAUUAGAAUUAUUAACAGCUAAUGUGUAUUUUUCUUUAAAAUAUGCAUCAAAAUUAAUUCAACAUUUUUCUUCACUUACCGAUAUUCGACUUCAGGUAUAUUCAUUUGAUAUAUGUGCACGUCUUGUUGAUAUUCUUCUUGACGGAUUGGUCACUUUGCUUUAUCUUAAAAUAUAUUUUGUCAAUGGUGUAGUAUUUGACAAUCCAAAUCUACGUGAUUAUAUUAUUGAAAAGCGUCAUCAAGCAUUUCCAUGCAGAAACUUCAACAAUGAUCAUGUCAUUGUCAUACUCCAGAAACAAUCAUUGGAAAUUUAUCUCGCAUGA